AUGGCUGACAUUUGGGGUGUCAGCGCAUUUCGCUCAGGUGUUGUGCCCACGGCGUGGUGGCAAUGGGCAUUGAUAGCCAUCAUCGGCGUCAGUGGCAUCGUUGGGAUUGUUGCUUUUGUUUGGGCGUCCUACAAGUCCGUCCGGAGGGUACUACAUGAUAAUAUGGCAGCUACGUCGUUGCCUCGCUCCGUCCAGGAACGCAUACAGCUCCUUUCAAAGAGCGCAUCACCAGUUCACGCGAAACAAACACUCCCCCCUAAACCUGGCUCUUUCGGAGUGUAUUUGGGGCUCUUGAACAACCCAGUGUUGGAUGAGGAGGCUCGAAUAUUAUCUCAAUGGGACGCCGUAGUCUUGGAUUACUGCGAACCAGGAGUCCUUGAGGCAGUCAGCGACGACAGCAUACCUCUAGGGCCACAUAUAAUUGCCAGACUGGAUCUCGUACAAGUAUUGAGCUUUGCGGCAAAGGACAAUGACGUUGAUAUGCUCCGUGUUGUCUACAUUAUCUCCAAACUCAUUCGGCAAACACUUCGAAAACCCCACCAGCGAAGAUAUUUUACAGGAGUGCUCGUAGCUGGCUGGCGAGAGAGGCUAUCGACGGCAAUGCUGAAUGGGCUUGCGAAAUUAUUCUCCGCUCACGGGCUCCAUGUCUUUCUGGAGAUUGCGCCACCCGAAUUCUUGGACGGCAUUGGAACGUUCAGUCUCAAGCAAUUUGCAGGAGUUGUCGUGAGGAAUGGCACCGUGCUGCCUAACGGUGAACGCAGAGACUUUUUCGGCAUGGACAAGAUGAAAAACACUACCAAAGCUUUCGUGUCAGAGUCUUGUAUGCGACCAUUCAUUGUCAUGAUGUGGGACACUGUCGAAGAUGAUGCGGAAUUAUCACAUGCUGUCGCGAGGAGAGCUCACAUUUGGUGCGGCUACCAUGGGGCAGUUCCAUUCCUCACCCGACGAGGCGCACUCACAGACAUCUCUCAAGUGCGCUCUUGUGACGAGCCUCUUGCUGCAUUUCAGUGGCUGAAAAACCGUAAAGUCAUGGCUAUACAUGAGAGGUUCCGCACGACACGCAUUUUGUCUCCAGAGUUCUCAAGCAUCAUCGAUGACUAUCUCCCUUUGCAGAGCGUAUUCCCGCUUCUAGCCAACACGCUUUCUGGAUUAGAUGAUUCAGAGUCCGAGACAGAGGAGAGCGAUGACUCCAGCACCUCUACACUCACCGUCCAGUAUCCCGAAAUUGAUGAAAACGGUGCCCUCCUUCCCCCGGUACAACUGUCACCGACCUCUGCUGCCCCCGAUUGGAGCAACUGCUUGGGUAAACGUGCGGCGAAUCCGUUGUCAUGUUCUUUUGGCGGCGACUUCUAUGGUCCCUUUGGAUGCUUCCCCAUCGGAUUCAAUGCCACGCAGGAGGAUUUCGAUCACGUACUUACAUCACUUCGACGGCUACGCAACCUCGCCCUGUUGAGCCGCGUGCAAGCAAACCAAUUACAUGAUGUAGCGGAUGUACUCAGCAUGUACAGCUCUUCCAGCAGCCGCCUUUUGGACGUCGUGCCGUCAUCUCGUGAAGCGAUUUCGAACUUCGCCGACAGUCUUGCCAAGGCGAAUGAUGAGAAAGACGACCCUUACCACCUACAAGUCUAUAUUGGGCUUGAUUCCGGCUUCCACACUCCGUCUGGAUCACAGUUUUGGGCGGUAUGGGAAGUCGACCCGCGAACCCAGUCCCCCAUCAUCUACAUUUCCAAAUCUGUGCAAGACACAACGUCUGCAUUGCUCCACACCUACCUGAGCAAGUCUAGCUUCUCAAGAUAUCAGUGCUUUCUGCUUGAAUAUGGAUUGUCAGAAUACCAGGCCAAUACCGACCAACUCCAACGGUUACCCAAACGCCUUGAGCAAGACUUGAGCUUGCUGACGCCAACCGAUCUGCUUCUGUAUCUGCAGCAUCUCCAAUACAGUGAGUGGAAUGAAGGCUGUCCAUUGUUGACCGCUAUUCGGUCUCACUGCGAGGAGAUCUUGCUUGAUAUCCCGACAUAUCGCCAGAUGAAGAAGCUCUGUAACAUGGAUUACCUCAGCGGAACCAUAACAGCCGAGCAACUCGUAAACGCCCGGAUCAAGUGGUAUCGUCUAUGCCGGCUACCAUGUCUGGAGAAACAUGAUGCUUUAGAGUUAUUCCGCCAUAUCGACUAUUAUUUCCGCGCCCUGUUAUGGCGUCGGGAUCACCAGAAGUUGGAUGCUAUAACGUCGGCACUUGAGAAGCUAACCAGCCGAGAUGAAAUCGACUCAGUGUCUGAUUUUGUUCUGUUCUGCAUAUUCUGUGCAGCACGAAAAGCGGGUUUCGAGGAGGUAUACACUGAAGUCUCGGACAGGAACCCCCUGUUCAAUCAAUAUUCGGAUCAAAGCGCAGCCUUCGCAGAGUUGUUUGCCUUGGGUUCUCGUUGCGAAGCUUACUUCGACAUCACACCAAGUGAUAUCGGAGUACUUCUGUCAAAACGGCACCGUGAUUAUUACAAUCAAAAGGAUCAUCAGCCCCCCAUGUGGAUUUUCAAUGCGCCCUCAUUCGCUUCUGCAUACGCUGCAGCACAAACAGACAUUGAUCCGAACCAGAAAGCUUCGGUCCUCCCUGGGUACCGCAGGUUUACCUUUCUCAGUGUCUUCGCCAUACCUGCGCUUCUGACUCUCGUAGAUAUCUUGAUGCUCAGUUUUACAGGUCACGGCCUCUAUCUUAGCGGUCUGAUGAGCACCGAAGAGCUGAAAUAUGCCACUCUAGCGUUAAUGGUCUCCUUGCUCCUUUCCGGAGCUAUCGGAACCUGGAUUUCAAUCGGAGGAACCUAUUACCUCAUUUCCAUGGCAUUCUCGGCGGCCAAUAUGUUCGUGCUCACACGGCUGAUUGGCGGUCUAGCAUUCACGGCUGCUGCGUCCGUCCUUGGAUUCGUCGUCGUUGGAACGGUUGUUAACGUACAGUCUGGUGCUAUCUUCUGCUUCUACCUCUUUGGCUUGACUUCCUAUCUAUCGGUUCUUGCGGUACUCUCGACGUACCAAGUUCCUGGGUCAGCGUUCCUUAACGGGCGCAAAACAGUCAUCGUGAUCCUUCCUACGCUGAUCAUUUCUCCACUCUUGACAAUCUGGGUCCCAGGGCACGACAUCAUCAUCUAUCCUUGUGUUCUUUACCUGUUUGUUAUUUUCCUCAUCUUAGGAAUGAGGCACGUUGGCAUGAAAUGGGUUACCUGGUAUCACAAUAUCAAAACACUCAAUGACGCAGAUGUCAAGGAAUGGUAUGUCAAGAGGCAUGCCCACCAAGACUCAUCCCACUCGCAUGGUAAGCUCCUAGCGAAACGCCUGAGUAAAGGCUUACGGGAGUCAGUCACUCUACCUGCAUCUCUGGCAUCCUCUUCCGAGAUGUCUUCUGGCGAGGAAGAUCUUUUCAAUGGUUUGAGUGAGCCCGCCAUACUCGCUCUUUGUCGAAAAGAGUUGUUUGAUGCGGUCCAGAGGGAGAAGAAGCGCCCCUUUUGGCAAAGGCCGACCGAGGAUGCUCUUGUGAGACAAUUAGCGCAGUGUUGGGACUCCACUCUCUUCCUUCUGGACUGGUACAGUAGACUCACUGAAACCAAACGACCUAUUCCAUACAGCUCUACCUGGAACUUGGAGACCCAGGUUGCGCUAGAAAGUAUGCAACAGUCACAAAAGGGCAUCAAGCUCCACAACAGUUUCAUUCAUUGGCGGAAUGCCGGCGACGAAAUCGGUUGCGGAAUCUUAUAUUUCCUGACCGCACUCAUGGAUCGCUGGCUCGAUAUCCUUCAUGGCGUUACCCUGGUCGGACUUUCCAAGGACCAAAAUGACCAGUAUCGAUUGGCAGUCGGGUUUGGUCUUGCGUACUACCUUAUUGGAGCUGUUCUUCUCGAUUACAAAGCUCAACAUUUGCAUACUUUAUCGAUGCAGUCAUCGCCGGUUUCUAUCGAGUCGAUUCCGCAGAUUCGGAAAGCAAAGUCCAAUGACCAGAAAUUUCGGCGGCACCUCUACUGGAACACAUUGCUGCUAUUCAUUGGAGUGCAUGUGUGGGCUCUUUCUUUGAGUACCGCUCUGGUCUGGAUCUUCAAUGGUUCCUCCAGCGCCACGAUUAUGUUUCUUGCCUACGUUGCGUCAUACAGCGGACUGCUACUCUACCAGUACAACAAGAUAUUCUCUGGGCCUCACGCACUUAUGCCGCUGUUGGUGGCUGUCAUCUUUGGACUGACUGUUGGCAUAAGCUUGAAACAAACACAUCCAACCUUCCAUUACGUCAACGUAAUCGCUCUGGCUGUUUCUACAUGGACUGCAGCUCUGCUGUCUUUCAAAACUGCUAAACUGGGACUACCUGAAGCCUUCGACAUCAGGAUGUAUAUCUCUGAGACUAUCGAACGCUUCCGACGACCGAAGGCGCCUUAUAAAUCUACCGACUCUGUUAACAUUCGAGGCCUACCCUCUCAGUAUCGAAUUCACUGGUCCAGUACUGAGCACUAUCACUCAUAUAACGGGUCUGGCUCAGACCCGCUAUAUAGCCAGAGCGAACUUCAGGCGUUCGUGAAUAAGUUGCGGUCUGGUCCAAAAGAUGAUCGAUUUAGGGUGCUGCCAUUCGGUAACCCUGGAGAUCAAGUCACUGCUCAUCUAUUAUCUUGCACGCAUGAAUCUCUCUCUCGGCUCGCUUUGCAUGCCUUUCCCGCAAUGCCAUAUCUUGUCCAGAGGAUCGUGUUGGCAUGGCAGAACGGUCUUAUCAAGAUCUUCAUAGUGCCGAUGCAGUCAGUUGUGGAUCCCAAAGUCGACCUCCGCGCAAUCUCCGAGUACUCGGAUGGCCGACUGACUCUCUUCGUCGCGUCCGAUUCGAAGGGUGCUACCGCUGCGCGGAUGAAUGUUACGAGCAACUGCCAAGUCAUCGCUGAAACCCUGAUACACGCCUGCGCAAAGACUAUGUUCGGAAUUCCCGACCUGCAAGCCGCUAUUACCGAAUCAGCCCUGGUCUGCACUCCAGUUGGGCACGCGCCAUUUGCAGUCUCCGAGUGUAGCAAACGUUCAAUGCCAUUUGGUGGUUCCGGCACAGAGGUUGCUGCUUUCGAGUCGGAAUGUCGAAGGGAACUACUGCGCUACCUCUGCCUGGGAUAUGAUUGCGAAACUCAGUGGGACAACCUUCCUCUGGACAUCCGCAGACUUUUCCUCCGCAGAUGCCUUGGAGCGCGGGGCCCUUAUACCAAUACAGAGAUGUCAUGGAUCCAUCAAAAUGUACCGGCAGAGGACGCGUGCACCAUCUUAUCGCGUGUUGCUCGAUACGAUCUUGGCGCAUUUCUGCUUGUUAACAAGUACAACUUCUUCAAGCAAUAUGAGGACCAACAUGGUAUGGAAAAAGAGUACCGACAGAAGACAGCCGAUAUCCAAGAAUCCCACCAUCCGGUUCUGAAUCGCUCUGCAAGUUAUGUUAUCACCGAUAUUACUCGGUACUUCCGUGUUCCCAUUGCCUACGCUUAUCACUCUCUCGGUACCUGGAUCAAGUUCUUUGUGCUGGCCACCAUGGCCGACACGGAGUACCAGAGGGAAUUGAGAUGUGCCCUUGGCAGCACCCCUCGCUUUCUCAAAGCGCCGGCCACUUUUGUACUGACUGGGCUCUGGAUCUAUUCCCGAUGGCUCAUGUCCGUUACGCUGCCCUUUUUCUUGUACCACGGACGAAAGGACAUAGCCGACCUGUCAAAUACUGUGAAGGGCAGCGUCAUUGCACAGCACAAAGAUCGCCUGGUUAUCCGUAGUUACGGCGAAACAGAAACGGCUUUCAUUCACCCUAUCGAGGACUCUGGGUUCAAGCUUGUCUUUUAUCAAGGAGUACAUCAGCAGGAGCCCACUUGGGGCCAUACAAGGGUAACCACCUAUGAUAAAGACAUGCGUAUUGUGACGCGAGAGGACUACAAGAAUGCACAAAUAAUCAACAGAUUCGUUUAUGAAUACCCGAACAAGCGGACUCAGAGGAUAAGCAAGAUCACCAAAGUCCAGAACACCAGGAUACCCCUCAGUCGCCGUUGCGUUCAAGGGGAACAGGAGAGUGCGAAGGUGCACUACAAUCACAAGGGUCAUAUUGAGUCUGGCAGUUAUGUCCAGGAUGGAAACCUGGUGCGGUUCAAGUACCAUUACCGCAAAAAUGCAAAGUACGACGAUGAACUUCUACGAGCAGAAUUUGUGCUCCCGCACAUGUCAGCGAAUGUCAGUUGGUGCGCGCCGCCGAUCAGACAUGCUGAGAAGAUGGAGCGCUGGAUACCCACUCCCCGUGUGCUCGAAGCUACUUUUGUGCAAGGAGCAGACGUGUACGAGUGUACAUGGCUCUAUGAUCACAAAUUCCAUCCAACCAUCACUACUAAACUGAAUGGGGAAACCGUAGACACUCCAGAUAUGAUACGCUUCGAUUGGUUGGGGGUUCUGAAGAAGCCCACACGGUGCAACUUCACUGAUGAAAAUCCUCUGCUGUCGUUUAAGAUGGCAGCCUCCAGUCUGACGAGUCGCCUCUUCCGCACAAACAUUAAGCGACAGGAGAUCUCAACGUCCCGAGCUCGAUCUCAACUGUGGAAAGCUUGGAAGAAACGCCUGGACCUCGAUGGUGUCGUCGUACGCUGGGUUGAUGAAGAGCUGCUCCGUAGAGAAGCCAUGCUGCGGCCUUACUGGCGCCGGAGAGAUCGAGGCAAUCUGCUCAAAGCCGAAGACUAUCUCGCAUUGCAUGCUGAUGCUAUUAUGGCAAGUUCGGAUCUUACAAGCGAUAUCAGCGCGUGGACGCCUCUCGCAGUACGCAUGAGCGACUUAUUCAGUUUCGGCCAAGGGGGAGACGCAGUCAUCUAUACCCGGACCAAAACACUUGGCCGUGAUACCGACAAGACCCUCCAUGUCGUAGCAGUAGACACUGGCACUUGGCCGAACGAGGGUGGCGGUGUCUCUGCGUGCCGACGUGAUCUCAUUAACAAUCUGCGCACUAUCAAGUGGCACAUGGUUGUGGAGUCUGCCAACGAUUUCGGUCUUCCAAAGCACCAAACCGAAGAGAACGUCGAAUCGCUCAAGAUCAUUCCACUGUGGGGUCUGGACUUCCUGCAUCCGUCGCACGGCAUGUUCACCAACAAGCUCGACAGCGAGGUCGACCAUCUUGUGAAAGAGGCCACUAUCAACGACAUCAAAAUGAACUUUAUCCCAACACUGACCGCGCUUGUACGAGGUGCUCGGGCAAUCAACAUGACUCCCGCUGAUGUGCAACAAGCCACACGAGCUCUUGUCAAUCUCAACACGUACUUCCAAGACUCCCGGCACUGGAAGGAGGUAUGGUCUAGUGACAUAGUCAAGGAUACCUGGAGAAAACUAUGGCUGGCGGAUGAUAUGCCAAAUGCUCAGCCACCUUCGGAAUGGUUCCGUACCGAGCUGCCUACGCUGGGUCAUUUUGAUACUGCCUUGGAGCUGUGGUUUAGAUACUUGUUCAUCUUCUCGAUCCCGAUACCAGAGAAGAUUCCAAAUGUUUUCCAGGCUUCUCAUCACAGCGUCUCGGCUUCGUAUGGCAUCGUCUGUAAGCUAAAGCGUAACUGCACGCUGCAGAUCUGGGACCACGCCAUUUCUUGGAGAGAAACUAACCUCUAUCUGUCUUCUGCCAUGUGCACUCUGCCUCCUUUCAUUAGGAACUCUCUUCUUGGGUUGAUGAAGUUGACUUCCUGUCUAAUUCUGCAUCAUGCGGACCAAAUUUUGCCAUGUGCGGACUUCUUCAACCCAGGAUGGGAAGUGGAGAUCGGCAGUGCCAAAGGCCAACUCGCGCACCGCAACAGGUUUCGUCGCAAAGUCGACCCUAUCGUGAACGGCAUUACCGACAUGCAAAAGUUCGCACCUGUCACAGAGAUCAAAACUAAAACACCGACCGUCACCAUGCUCUCCCAUGUCUGGUUUGCCAAGGACAUCAAAACUGCCCUCCUGGCAGCUGACAUCAUCUCCAAUGAAUGGGGCUUCAAAGAUUACAAGCUCGACAUCUAUGGUGCCCUCAACAAAUCUCCCGUCUAUUCGGCUGAAUGCCAGGAAAUUCUUGCGUGCAAGGGUCUGGGCCCAAGUGUCACUCUGAAGGGCACCGCCGACCCAGCUAUGGUGUUAGCCAACACGUGGCUUUUCCUCAACUCGUCCGUCUCGGAAGGUCUACCUCUCGCUCUGGGCGAAGCCGCCCUGACUGGUGCGCCUGUCGUUUGUACCGAUGUUGGCGCCUCCCUGCGUGUCCUGACCGAUCCCGAUACCGGUAAGAGGUACAGCGAAGUAGUCGCUCCAAACGACGCGUACAGUCUCGCACGCGCACAAAUCAAUCUCCUCGCCAUGCUAGACGAGUGGGCGCAGUACGCCGAAGACGACCCCGAUCACCCCGCGCCAAUACUCCCUCCCAAACCAACACCUCGUGACGUGGAGAUCAUCACAAAGAGGAUGUACGAGAAGUCCGAGCAACGUCGCAAACUCGGCAUGAUGGCCCGCAGUAUCGUGCAAAAAUCCUUCGGAGGAGAACGCUAUCUACGCGAACACGAACAAAUGCUCUGGAUCGGCAAAGCUCAUUACGAGAUGCUGGGUGUGGAGCGGAGAGUGCCGCCUCCAAAGCACCCUGCACGUAUGCUUUCACUUAGACGCGGGUCUCGAGUUGAUGCUGCUGCACAGCAAGAAGCAGAUACAGCCUCCAGUAGUAUUAUCGAUCCGCAGCUGGAGAAGAUGCAGCAUCCUAGGCCACCGAUGGCGAAGCAUUUCUCUACGACGACAAGUUUCUCGUCGGUGUAUAUGGAUGAGCCGGGUGGGACGUCGGCGUCGGCGUCUAGUUCUGUCUACGGUGAUGAUUGGGGACAUGCUACUCCGGAUUCUUCGGUCAUGUAUCCGAAGUCCGAGAAUGAGAAGGAGUACUACGCCCCUAUUGCGCGGCCGCCACGAGCGUACGGGCCCGCGAUUGCGACCGCAUUGCCAAUGGCUAGGGGUCACGUUGCAGCAGGGAAGCGCCCAGUACAGUAUGGAUUUGGAUAUGGACAUGCGGACGGGUUUAAGCAUGUCCCCAAUGUGCAGUAUGUGCCGAAGGGGCCUGUGGAUCCGAGGAGGAGCGCGUUGAUGAGGCAGUCGGUCAGGCCGGAGAGUGCAAAAAGUAGUGUGAGGACGAGGAGUCAUCUAAAUGAGGUGCAGGCCGCGGAGUAUGGUGGUGUGGAUGGGCGGUUGUGA